AUGUGGACUUUAAAAGUAAAAUUAAAUGAAUUUAUUACUUUGGCAAUUAUUUUCUUAUUGAAAAUUUCGGGAAAUGUUUGUUUUGGACCAGAAGGUCUAGCAGGUCAUGUGGCAGUAAAUGUUAGUGAUCGAAUGUAUUUUAUGGGAGGCUCUCGCUUUAUUCCAUCUGCAAAUCCAAUUAGAAGUUCAAUAAGAGUAUAUAACUUAUCGGAUGAGGUUUUCGUCUUGGAUUUAUCAUCUCAAUUCUCCACUAGUAGCCCACCAUAUAUAGACCUUUCUAAUACUUCACGAAUGUUAUAUGGAUAUGAAAGGGGUACCGUAGUACUCGGAGGAGCAAGUAGACAAGAUAUAUUUCUAAUUGGAGGCGUACAACAAGAUUUAGCCAUGCUUAAUAAAAUUGAUAAUAAUGCAACUAUUACUUCAAAUAAAACAUUAAUGAUAGAAGAAAUUAGUAAAACAUAUAAUCAGAUAGAUAAAUUUAUUUAUUAUUACCGUCCAAAUGCAACAAUUUGGUCUUACCCUCAAAAUCAAAGAGGAAUAGUACCAACUAGGCGCAGAUCAACAGCAACAGUUAUAAAUAAAAAAGGCGUGAUGUAUAUAUUUGGAGGGAGAGUUCAAGUAGACACAGGAUCACCUAUAUUCACCUGUUAUAAUGACUUAUAUUCGUUCGACACAGUAUUGUUAUCUUGGAAUAAAAUAGAUGCAGUUAAUGCUCCUCUACCUCAAAGUCAUUCUGCUCCAGUAUUACUGCCCAGUGGUAAGAUUCUUUACAUUGGUGGCGUUUCUCAGACUACUCCUGGAACAGAUGCAGAUUUAAUAGAUAUGACGGAUAUUAGAGUAUUUGACACAGUUUCUUCUACUUGGUCAUAUAAAACUGCGAUUUUAAAAGAUCCAUCAAUUUCUAUUCAACCACGAAUAUCACAUACUGCAACUUUGACAUCAGAUAAUAAUGAAAUUAUUAUAAUAGGCGGAAAUUCAAAUUAUAAUUACAAUCUAACUACUGCCACGCCAGUUUUUGUUUCAUUAAAUAUUGCAACUGAAAAUUAUGAAUAUUCAGAGCUAAUUACUUCUGGAGAUAAACCACCUUUAUUGGCUGCACAUACUGCUAAUUUAUAUCAGAACUAUUUAAUUGUUGCUUUUGGAAACAUUACUAAUUUUGCAACACCACCAACCGAGAUUAGCUCUCGCAUUUAUUUAUUAGAUAUGCCAUGCAAAGUAUGGGUAACUACUUUUACACCUGGUAAAUCAACCUGUAAAAUACCGAGCAAUGGAUUGAUUAAUAAGGCGAUUAUUGCUAUUAUUGUCUGUAGUAGUAUUGUUGUUGAAAGAUUAAAGAGACCUACUAUGAAUACGGCAAUUAUCCUGCUAGAAAGUCCAAAACUUAAUCCAGAAGAUAUAAAUUAA